AUGAAAUGGGAAGAUGUAGUGAAGGAGCAUACGGAACAACUAGGAGGAGGAACAGAUCGGAAGGCACGAGAAACUGAUCGGGAUGGACGGAACGCUGGAUGUACGACGGGAAAGAGAAACAGAGGCCGCGAUAACCAAAAAAAAAAAAAAAAAAAAAUUGGUAACGACAAGGGAGAAUAUAGGUUGGAUGGACUGUGCAGUAUGCUCAGCGUUCGUGGACAGAAAAUUCAUCACGACACCAACAUGUUUAUUGAAAACGUAGUUGAAAAAUGUAGUUUGCAGAAACGCAAUUUACAGUUUUUGUUUUAA